UUAGCAUUAAAUCUGUUGAUGACGUCCCCACAUAAGUUUUUGAAUAUAAAACCAAUAUUGUUAUAACAAUAUCGUGGUAAACUGUCUCAUCUAAAUCACAAUGUCUUGUUGUUGCUGUAGUCAACGUGGUAGCGGCAUAACUGGCGGUGGCGGCGGCAACUUGCCCCUUAUCUGCCUAGUGCCCCGCGAUGAAGCGGCCGCGAAAGCCGCGGCGUCGCGUCAGCAGAAAGGCCCGACCCAGCAAAGUUCCUCACCUAGCUCGAGGGAAAACGAUUUCCAAUUUCUAGAUGAAGAGUAUCUCAGAAAGCAUUUUAAUUUUCCACAGCGAGCAUUAUACCUUGAUCCUUUCAGGAAACCACUGAUCACGUUUCCCAUAUCGGGGGAGAAAUUCUCGAAAAACUUCUCCAUAGAUAGGAAGGCCAAAAUAAACCAGCAAAUAUUGGACGGGUUCCUCGACCCAAGCGAAGCCAUUACCGCGCCAAGCGUUUUCCCUUACGCAAAGACCGAUGCAGAAAAAAAGAAAGCAGAAGAAGAAGAAGAAAUUAUUUACAUUCUACAACUACCCGAUUGGGAAUUCAAGUGCCCUGUCCAUAAUGAAACUAUCAGGACCCCAAGAUUUAUCUGGCACUCAUGUAAGAAAUCUUCAACAUCUUCAGGAGAAAUGAAGCAAGGCCCUGGCCCAUUAAAUAAACCGAAACCCUGGAUAUUAAGCCGGCAUACAGACUUUGAUAUGAAGUCCCAAUGGUAGUUCUCGAAAUUUGUUAAUACAAAAUUGAUUGCAAAAUCAAUGUUUUAUAUUCAAAAACUAUGAACAAAACAAUUGUAAUAGCUUUUAUCUUAGGCUUUUUUUCAUCAUAUCCCACGAAUCUUUUUUUUAUAUUAUCAAGUGGCGGGAAGAACAAGUUGUGCGCCUGGUGGUACUGGAGCUACACGCCUAUUCAUA